AUGCAGGCAGACACAGGACUGAAGAGGAAGAGAUGAGCAGAGUCUCCUCCACACAGGCAGGCGUCUAAAUUAACCUGAAGGGAAUUCAGAAGGUUUCUUGUGACUCAUGUGUUUUGAUGCUCUGAAGUUAUGAGGGAGUGACGGCGUCCUCAGAUCAGAUGCAGGCAGACACAGGAGGACUGAUGAGGAAGAGAUGAGCAGAGAUACAUGAAGCAUGAAGGUGUUUCAAUUGACCUGAAGGACAUUCAGAAGGUUCGACACCACAACAGAUCCUCCAGGAAUCUCCAGAGGACGUUUGAGCCUGCCAACCUGCAAGAUGGAAACCACUGAUCCAAAGAUCCACCCUGAGAGACCAGACCCUCCUGGACCUGGACCUGGACCUGGACCUGGACCUGGACCCAGCUGUGUGUCCAUGAAGAGUGACAACUCUAUGCCUCGACCUAUUGGGUUUAAAGCUAGAGAGCAUGAUGAUAGUCCAGAGAUCCCCCAUGAGAGACCAGACUCUCCUGGACCCAGCUGUGUGUCCAUGAAGAGUGGAAACUCUAUGCCUCGACCUAUAAUGUUUAAAGAUGGAGAGCAUAGCGAUGGACCAAGAGUUCAUCAGCAGAGAUCAGAGGGUCCUGGUGGUCAGUCUGCCCAGCAGCUUCAAACUCACCUGGACUCCAUAUUUAUGCUGCUGGAGGACCACAUCGUCACUUUUGUGAAGAGCGAGCUGAAGAAGAUCCAGAUAGUCCUGACUUCAGAUUACCCAGAAUGCUUAGAGAGUCAGAGUGAGGACGAGGAGGUGUUGGACGGUGAGGAUGAAGAGCAGAGGAGGAGCAGCAGAGAGGCCUUUCUGAACAUCUCACUGCACUUCCUGAGGAGCAUGAAGCAGGAGGAGCUGGCUGACCGUCUGCAGAGCAGAACUGCUGCUGCUGUCUGUGGACGUAAACUCAAAUCCACCCUGAAGGAGAGGUUCCAGUGUGUGUUUGAGGGCAUUGCUAAAGCAGGAAACCAAACCCUUCUGAACCAGAUCUACACAGAGCUCUACAUCACAGAGGGGGGGUCUGCAGAGGUCAAUGAGGAACAUGAGGUCAGACAGAUUGAGACAGCAUCCAGGAAACCACACAGACCAGAAACAACCAUCAGACAAGAAGACCUCUUUAAAGCCUCACCUGGAAGAGAUGCACCAAUCAGAGCAGUGCUGACAAAGGGCGUGGCUGGCAUUGGGAAAACAAUCUUAACACAGAAGUUCACUCUGGACUGGGCUGAAGGCAAAGCCAACCAGGACAUCCAGUUCAUAUUUCCAUUCACCUUCAGAGAGCUGAACGUGGUGAGAGAGAACAAGUACAGCUUGGUGGAACUUGUUCAUCACUUCUUCCCUGAAACCAGAGACGCAGGAAUCUGCAGGUUUGAAAAGUUCCCGGUCGUGUUCAUCUUUGACGGUCUGGAUGAGUGUCGACUUCCUCUGGACUUCCUCAACACUGAGAUCCUGACUGAUGUCACAGAGACCACCUCAGUGGAUGUGCUGCUGACAAACCUCAUCAGGGGGAAGCUGCUUCCCUCUGCUCGCCUCUGGAUAACCACACGACCUGCAGCAGCCAAUCAGAUCCCUCCUGAGUGUGUGGACAUGGUGACAGAGGUCCGAGGGUUCACUGACCCACAGAAGGAGGAGUACUUCAGGAAGAGAUUCAGAGAUCAGGAGCAGGCCGGCACCAUCAUCUCCCACAUCAAGACCUCACGAAGCCUCCACAUCAUGUGCCACAUCCCAGUCUUCUGCUGGAUCUCUGCUUCAGUUCUGGAGGAGGUGUUGAAAACCAGAGAGGGAGGAGAGCUGCCCAAGACCCUGACUGAGAUGUACAUCCACUUCCUGGUGGUUCAGUCCAAAGUGAAGAUCAUCAAGUAUGAUGGAGGAGCUGAGACGGAUCCACACUGGAGUCCAGAGAGCAGGAAGAUGAUGGAGUCUCUGGGGAAACUGGCUUUUGAGCAGCUGCUGAAAGGCAACCUGAUCUUCUAUGAGUCCGACCUGACAGAGUGUGGCAUCGAUAUCAGAGCAGCCUCAGUGUACUCAGGAGUGUUCACACAGGUCUUUAGAGAGGAGAGAGGAAUGUACCAGAACAAGGUGUUCUGCUUCGUCCAUCUGAGCGUUCAGGAGUUUCUGGCUGCUCUUCAUGUCCAUCUGACCUUCAUCGACUCUGGAGUCAACCUGCUGUCAGAGAAACAACCCACCUACCGAUGGACUAAAGUCAAACCUAAACUAAGACAUCUCUACCAGAGUGCUGUGGACAAGGCCUUAAAGAGUCCAAACGGACACCUGGACUUGUUCCUCCGCUUCCUCCUGGGUCUUUCACUGCAGACCAAUCAGACUCUCCUACGAGGCCUGCUGUCUAAGACAGGAAGUGACUCAGAUAUCAAUCAGGAAACAGUCCAGUACAUCAAGAAGAAGAUGGAUGAGGAUCUGUCUCCAGAGAGAAGCAUCAACCUGUUCCACUGUCUGAAUGAACUGAAUGAUCGUUCUCUAGUGGAGCAGAUCCAACAGUCCCUGAGUUCAGGAAGUCUCUCCACAGAUAAACUCUCUCCUGCUCAGUGGUCAGCUCUGGUCUUCAUCUUACUGUCAUCAGGAGAAGAUCUGGACGUGUUUGACCUGAAGAAAUACUCUGCUUCAGAGGAGGCUCUUCUGUGGCUGCUGCCAGUGGUCAAAGCCUCCAGGAAAGCUCUGCUGAGCGGCUGUAAGCUGUCAGAGAGAAGCUGUGAAGCUCUGUCCUCAGUCCUCAGCUCCCAGUCCUCUAGUCUGAGAGAUCUGGACCUGAGUAACAACGACCUGCAGGAUUCAGGAGUGAAGAACCUGUGUGCUGGACUGCAGAGUCCACUCUGUUCUCUGGAAACUAUUAGGCUGAGCGGCUGUAAGCUGUCAGAGAGAAGCUGUGAAGCUCUGUCCUCAGUCCUCAGCUCCCAGUCCUCUAGACUGAGAGAGCUGGACCUGAGUCACAACGACCUGCAGGAUUCAGGAGUGAAGAACCUGUGUGCUGGACUGGAGAGUCUACACUGUGAACUGGAAACUCUCAGGCUCUCAGGUUGUCUGGUCACAAAGGAAGGCUUUGCUUCUCUGACUUCGACUUUGAGCUCCAACCCCUCCCAUCUGAGAGAGCUGGACUUGAGCUACAAUCAUCCAGGAGUCUUUGGAGUGAAGAUGCUGUCUGUUCUACAGAAGGAUCCAGACUGGACACUGGAGACUCUCAGAGUGGACCAUGGUGGAGAGAAGUGGUUAAAACCAGGUCUGAGGAAGUAUGCCUGUGAACUCACACUGGACACAAACAUAGCACACAGACACCUCAAACUCUCUGACAACAACAGGGAGGUGAUACGUGUGAGAGAGAAGCAGCGAUAUCCUGAUCAUCCAGAGAGGUUUGACUACUGGGAACAGCUGAUGUGUAAAGAAGCUCUGACUGGUCGCUGUUACUGGGAGGUCGAGUGGAGAGGAGAGGUUUCUAUAUCAGUGACUUCCAGAGGAGGCAGAGAGGAGUGUUGGUUUGGAGGGAAUGAUCAGUCCUGGAGUCUGAGCUGCUCUGAUGGUGAUUACUCUGUCUGGCACAAACAGACAGUAACACACAUCUCCUCCCCCUCCUCCUCCUCCUCCUCCUCCUCCUCCUCCUCCUCCUCCUCCUCCUCCUCCUCCUCCUCCUCCGCCUCCUCCUCCUCUGGUAGAGUAGCAGUGUAUCUGGAUCAUCCUGCUGGCUAUCUCUCCUUCUACAGAGUCUCCUCUGACACACUGACCCACCUCCACACCUUCAGAACCACAUUCACUGAACCUCUCUAUGCUGGGUUUGGGCUCUGGUCAUAUGACUCCUCAGUGUCUCUGUGUCCUCUGUAGGAGGAGACCACUUCCUGUCCUGUAGUCUGAAUGUUGAAGAUACAGAAGGCUUCACUUUGGUUAACAUUUGGCUCAAUGAUUGUGCGUAAUUGAAGAGGCAUUUAGUUAUUCUGCUCCAUACGUCUCAGUAACGGAGAGGAUCUCGGGGGACAGAGAUCUCAGACUCCGUUUCGCUUCAUAUGGCUUCCUCAUUGGUGAAGCACAUUAUUUGCACCACAUAUGAACAUUGGAUAUGCAUUCCUGGGUCUCAGGAAAAUAUAGCCAGUUAUACAAUAAGUUUAAAAACAUAUGUUUCUUGUAACAAAUGCAGUUUGUUAACGUUAUAAUUGAAUUAC